AUGGAUACCAAAGGUCAACUCGGGACGGAAAGCAACAGCACCAGUACCACGCCACGGUUCGCCCUCGAGCCGAUGAGACAGAUGCUGCUCGGUUGGCAAGUCGUGGCGGGUUGCGCGCUCGGAGCCUUUACCAUCACCCUUUUGAUCUUGGUUAUCAUGAGCAGGCGCCGCGCCAAUGCAGCCUCCCAGAUGGCCGACAAACUGAAGAAGGCCCAGGAGGAGAGCAGUCGUCUCAGGGCACAACAACAAGACGGUCUCGAGGAACAGCUACGGCUGAAGAGCGACCUCAAAACGUUACAGCUGCUGAUUCCGGACUGGCCGGACCUCGAAUGCAGGGACGAAGAUGAACAGAGCUCCAUUGUGAGCGACAGCAGAGAGUCGAGCGUUUUCGUCCCGGGUUCCUGGUCUGAUGACGACGCGGACAUGACCGAGGACGAGAUAUCGGCCAUCAGAAAGCCCAGGAUCAUGCGGAUACCGGUUCAGAAGAGUACAACAGAAGACGAUUCUAUUUACAAGUCAAUCAAAUAG